AUGGUGGGAAAUCUGCUUCCUUUCCUAAAUGGAAACGGCGAGGAUGUGAAAAAGCACACUGUUGCUUCACUGGGAGUAGUUCCGGUUGGCAAAACACAGGAUAAGAUUCAGAAUGGCAAAGAUUUCUACAGUUGGUUCUUCACAAAUCACCCCGAUGUUCGCAAGUACUUCAAAGGUGCCGAGAACUUUACUGCUGAUGACGUUCAGAAGAGCGAAAGAUUCGAAAAACAAGGCAAUGCUUUGCUUCUGUAUGUGCAUCUUCUUGCUAACAUCUGCGAUAAUGAGGAGGUAUUCCGCGGAGUCUGCCGUGACCACAUUAACAGACACGCAGCGAGAGGAAUCGACCCUCACUAUUGGAAGGACUUCUGGGGUAUUUGGAUGGCGUUCCUAGAGAGCAAAGGAGCAAAUCUGACCGGAGACCAGAAGGCAGCAUGGGAAGCCCUUGGCACAAUGUUCAACGAGGAAUGCCAAUCGCAACUGGCAAAGCUUGGACUGCCCCAUGUAUAA